AUGGCCGUAUUAACUCGAAUCGCUGCAGGCUUCACUUUCUUGUUUACUUCUUCAACUUUAAAAUCCUCCAAUGAAAGAGCCAAUACAGAAGUAAAAGCUAAAGCAAGUUUAUCAGGAAAUCUCGUUUCUGGAGAAGCUGAGUUCUUUCAGCCUCGUUAUACUUUAAACACUGAAAUCAAAAUCAAGGCAACUGGUCUUAACCCUAAUAAAUCCCAUGGUCUCCAAAUUCAUGAGCUUACCAAAGAUGGACAAGCUGCUGAAAUUUUUAACCCAUUUGCAAGAAAGCAUGGUGGUCCCUGGAGUACAGAACGAAAAGUAGGAGACAUAGGAAAUAUCAAAGGAGAUGAAAAAGGUGAAGGAGCCUACACAAUUUCUGAUCCUUACAUAAAACUGAGUGGGAAGUUCUCUGUUAUUGGAAAAAUCAUUGCAAUUCAUGAAAAUCCUGAUGAUCUUGGAUAUGGGAGAAAUGAUGAAAGUCUUGUUGACGGACAAGCUGGCAAAGCUAUUUCUGCAGGAGCUAUCAGUCAAAUAAGUUAA